AUGCAGAUCAAACAUCUACAUAUGAAAGGUUUAACGCCGAAAGAAAUCAAAGCCGAGUUGGAUAAUGUUCAUAGCAUAUCUGCACCAGCAUUUGCGACUGUAUACAAUUGGGUGAAUGAAUUUAAACGUGGUCGUACAUCCACAUGUGAUGCACCUCGUUCAGGACAUCCAAUUGAGGCUGCUACGCCAGAAAUCAUCGAUAAAGUCCACAAUAUUGUUUUGACUAAUCGACGAGUGAAAGUUCGCGAUCUUGUUGAGGCCACAGUCAUAUCACAUGGCACAGUGAUUUCAAUUUUGCACGAACAAUUGUGUAUGAAAGAGCUAUCGGCAAGAUGGAUGCCGCGUUUGCUCACUGUGGACCAUAAGCGCGACCGUGUGACGAUUUCAAAACAAUGUUUGGAGAUGUUUCAACGUAAUCCAGAUAAAUUUCUUCGUCGAUUCAUUACUGUGGACGAAACAUGGACGAAACAUCCCCAUUUAGCGAAGAAGAAAGUGCUCUUC